UCUCUUUUAGCGAAAUCUGUUCCUUUUGCCUCUUCAUUAAUAAGCUCGACUUUCUUGUGCAAUACAAUCAAAACCCAGUUUUGAUUUGAACUCACAUAGACAGACCGCGAGUCAUAGGAUGAACCCAGCAAGGAUCCCAUAGCUGCAAAGAUUCUGUGAAAGAUACAGAGACAGAGAAAUGGGAAAAGUAUCUGUGGCAGUGAUUGUGAGUUUGUGGGUCAUUUCUGUCUCCAUUCUUGUUAACCGCAUAGUUCCAGAGCCUUACAUGGAUGAAAUAUUCCACAUACCUCAGGCGCAACAGUACUGCAUUGGCAAUUUCAGAAGCUGGGAUCCCAUGAUUACCACCCCUCCUGGUCUGUGGGGUCGUGUGCAUCCGUGGUUUACUCCUUGGGGUGGUCCAAAGGGCCCUGCGUUGGUGAGGUACUAUCUUUCACUUGUUCAUGUUGCUUCUUUGUUUCCAAGCAUAUUUAUAGUACAAGCAGCAUCAUCAUUUUCUGAAGUCUGCACCACUGCCAUUCUUCGAUCUGUAAAUGGUGUUUUGGCAGUAUUAUGCAGUAUAAUUGUGUAUGAGAUAAUUACACUCUUGAGACCAACUCUUAGUGAAAGAAAAGCAACAAUUUUUGCAGUGGUCCUAGCUUUAUAUCCCCUUCACUGGUUCUUCACUUUUCUCUAUUAUACAGAUGUUGCAUCGCUGACUGCAGUGCUUGCUAUGUAUCUUGCAUGCUUGAAGAAGAGUUACUGGUGCAGUGCAGUGCUUGGUGCCUUGGCUGUUGUCAUUCGGCAGACGAAUAUAGUUUGGAUGCUUUUUGUUGCAUGCACUGGGGUUAUAAAUAUUACUCUGGUCCAUACAAGAGAUAAUGUAGAAGAAAAUAAUAUUUACAAAGCAAUCAGGAAAACUAAUAGAGCAACUUCCAAUGAUAAUGUUACAUCAAACUCAAAUUUGAGAAGGAGAAAGUUCAGUAAUGCCUUGGGUACUGAUAAACAAUCUACGCCUAGUGCAAGCUUCUUUUCAGCAAAUCACUCAUCAGGUUUGCUUGAUGAAGUUGAGGUCAUCCUUUUAGCAUUAUGGCAUAGGAAGUGGGAGCUUUUGGUUUCCUUUAGUCCUUUUCUCAUGGUAUUUGUGUCUUUUUUAGCUUUUGUCCAUUGGAAUGGAAGUGUAGUUCUAGGUGCAAAAGAAGCUCACACAGUUUCACCACAUUUUGCACAGAUCAUGUAUUUUGGUCUGGUUUCUGCUCUUGCUGUGGCUCCUCUACACUGCAGUAUAGGUCAUAUUGUGGACCUGUUCCAGUCAUUUUGGAAGAGAAGGCCCAUCAGUUUCUUUCAAGUGCUCAUAGCUGUUAUUGCUGGCUUCUUCUCUGUACAUUUUUACAGCAUAGCCCAUCCCUAUCUUAUAGCUGACAAUCGGCAUUAUCCAUUCUAUCUCUGGAGGAAGGUCAUCAAUGCUCAUUGGUCAAUGAAGUACCUUCUAGUCCCGCUUUAUGUUUAUUCAUGGUUUUCCGUCCUCAGCACAUUGGGGAAAGUUCAGAGGAAGAUAUGGAUCUUAGCAUUUUUCUUGGCUACUGCUGCAGUUCUGGUACCUGCUCCAUUGAUCGAGUUCAGAUACUACACGAUACCAUUAUAUUUCAUGAUACUCCAUUCCCAUAUUAAUGAUUAUCAAAGCUGGCUUCUCAUGGGACUUAUAUAUCUAGCCCUCAAUAUCUUCACGAUGACGAUUUUUUUGUUCCGGCCUUUCCAUUGGGACCAGGAGCCUGGGAUCCAGAGGUUUAUAUGGUAGGGAAGUAUCUAAGAAAUGCCCAAGGGCACCAUCAUAUUUUAAGACAAAUCAUUUUUGGGUGGUAAGUGUUUUUUGUAUGGGGAUUAGUUGGAAAUAGGGUUUUGCAUGUUUUGGAGGUAGAGAAAGGAGGGUGGAAUUCUUGAGUGGCACAAGUAGUUUAGUUUCACCUAUGCCACAGGUCGUGAUUGCUAUUUGUCAAGUGAAACCUAUGGUACUAGUCAUUUGUAAACAUGGCAAGAUUUUUAUGAAAAUCAAGAUAUGAAUCAUAAAAGCCUCACAACUUUUUUAUUUUGAAA